UCAGCGGCUUUCCUACUUCCUUCCUCAGGAAAAGGAAGCUGUUGCGUAGCGAGAUAAAUGGUCCCUCUCUGAACAGCUCUGUACAGAAAACAAUCACUCCCCCGCUGGACCUCCUUCUGUUAAUUAACCACAGAUUUCUUUUCUCCCUUACGCUGUUAGAAGAAUAAAAGUCCACAGAAAUGUUUGACAGAGAGAGACUCCUUUUUUGUGUGAUCAUUUCCUUUACCGUCUACAGUCAGAUAACUGAAGGAAACGUGAAGCUGCAGGACAUGUCUUCUAAUGUUGUGGAUGACCAGUACCAAGGGUGUCGUGACAAAGCCAUGGAGAAGGUCAUCCAGUCUGGUCUGUUAAAAGCUGAGCUGAAUAGCAGCGAGGGAUUCCAGAAAGCCUGGAGCGCCAACUCCAAGUGUUUAUCUGUGAUCCCUGGAGGAAUCAGGGAGCACACUGCUGCUCUCUCAGUCCUGCACUUUGCAGAUGCAGAUUUUAUGAUGGUACUGGAUAAAGCAGUAGAGACACAGGGAAUGAAUCUGACAACCUAUGAAAACGAUUUCCAGUUCAAGUCUCUACACUUCCUGCUUAUGGAUGCUCUGAUGCUUCAGAACCAAACAAGAUGCAAACCUGUGUACGCUUUUCUGGGAGAAGGAACAAAACCAGAGGAUAAAGCAAAAGUGAGAUUUGCGAGCUUCACCGUGGUUCAUUCAGACAUCGAGAGCCUUGGAGAUUUGGAUGGAGAAACCGUUUUGAAAAUUCACUCCUGCUUUUAUCUGGAACUGGACGACCACAUCUGUCAGAAAAACAUCUUUAAAACACUCCUUUCUCCAGCUGAAGUCUUCGUCGUAACCGCCAUUGGAAAAAAAACUGUUGAUGACUCCGAUUACACAGAAGUCACACUAGAACACGACAGUGUGAACAGCACCCACAACUGUUACAUGUUCCCACGGUCUGCAGCUUCAGUCUCUACCGGCUCUUUUACUGCUCUGCUUGUGGCCUUUUCUGUGUUUUAUUUGUGUCUUUAAGAAAAACCAAAGUCACUUCUUCAGAGCUCAUGAAAACUCUGCUCUGAUUUAUCAGUUAAACGAAUUUUAGUCUUUACACUGUUUUUUUUCCUGAUUUAUGUUAAUAUAUCUUUUCACUAUAUUUGCGGGCCUCUAGAGAUGUCAGGAAAUGAGUAAACGCUAAAGUUGUUUUAGAAAUGCUGAUCCAUGGUGAUGAUGAUGCAGAGGGUGUUUUUUCCUCUUCUGAUGACCAAACCAGUGGAAACCAGUGAGCAGCAUUAAACUGAGAUGACUAGAUGUGGCCUUUGCAAACUGCAGAGGAAACAGAUGAACUGAACAUGUGAAAAGGGAACAAGCAGAUGUCAACAUACUAGAAGUUAGUUUGAGUCAUUGGACAAGCUUUUCACCCAUUUCACUUCCAGAUCCAUCUCAGGUUUAAAAGUAGCUUCUAAAGCUGCAAACUACACAUCCCUGGUGUUGAAAUCUUGUUCACAACCAGCCAGCGUGCAGGGAUGAAACUCUCUUCUUUUUCUUUUGUUGUUUUAAAUUCAUGAUGCAUGAAUCUUAGUUGUUGUUUAUUAAAGAGAAAGUAUGAAACUCUGCAGAAUUACUGUAAUAAAACUCAUUUGCUUUUUUA